AUGCCCUCGAAAAAGUCUCCCGCACGUUUAGCGGAUAAACGACCAUUGGCUGUUGAUGAUACGACAGAUCAGAAGAUGGCUCCUGAACAGGAUCGAACGAAGAGGCGCAGGAUAGCGCAUCACUCUUCUUCGAAGGAGAAAAUCGGCUUUCCUAUGUCUACGACGAAGCAGGCCAGCACAGCUGCUAAAUCCCCAGACCGGAAAAGUGACCGGAAAACACCAACGAAAGAACACAGCAGGAAAAAGGAGAAACAUAACCGAAAUGGAAAGGCACCUCAGCCAGAUGAUGGUGCCCUGAUAGUGAAAGCGGGUGACGAUGUUUUUACGACUCCAUCCACCGCCGUUUCAGAGCGCAACAAAAUGAAUUCGAUAAUGGAUGGGCAAUUGUCGAGUGAAUUGAGGAAAUCGACACAGUGGUCCGUAUCACGAACGGUGGGUGGCAGAUUUAGUGAUAUUGACACUGUUAUCACGCCUGAUGAAAAACACUUCAUCCUUUUCUCCAACACUUCUGCUCGGAUAUUUUCCGUAGCAACUUCCAGCCCAGUAAGGACACUGGACGUACAGAAAGAGAUUGCGGCUAGCAAGCUCUCCGCGGUCAAUGCGGAACAGCAUUUGUACAUAGCAACUCACUUGGGAGCGAUUUCGAAAUGGGACUGGUUCUCUGGCGAACGGAUUGAAACAUGGAAAGCUGGCCAUAACAUAAUCUCCAUGGAUACCUGCUCCGGCUCUUGGGGUCAGGAUUCUGCAAAUGAGGAUGUUAUUUUUACAAUGAGUCGGGUAAGCUCUAGGAAGACUGAGAUAUCCAUCCACGUCAAAGGUGGUUCCAAAUCCUGGGAAAGCAGAACCAUUCGGGAGAUUUCCAUGCCAGCCAGUGAGUUGAAAGUUGCCGCGGAUGGGAGGGUCGUUAUCGUCAUUGUUGAUGACCAACUUUGCGUCGGAUAUAUAUCUAAACUACGACUGGACUCUCUGGAUUCCAUCAAGUAUACCUGGCUAGAAAUUACGUUGCCAAUUUCUGUUACCUGCUCUGAUAUUCGUGAGCGUUCGCCAUCUGUUCAAGUUUCUUCUUCGAAGUCCUCAAUAUCUUCUGCGGCGUCGAGAGUAGUCGAUUUAGCUUUGGGUGACCAAAGUGGUGCAAUUUUGAUCUACCAUGACAUCCUCAAUUCUUUGCUUCGGACUGAGAGCAGAGGCAAUUUCGGGACGAGCUUAGUGACAAACCGCCUGCAUUGGCACCGAACCGCUGUCAAAACCUUAAAGUGGUCGCGAGACGGAAACUAUAUUAUCUCGGGUGGUUCGGAGACUGUCAUUGUACAAUAUCAGCUCGAUACUGGAAGAAAACAGUUCUUGCCCCAUCUAUCGUCCACGAUUUGUUCCGUUGUUGUAUCGCCCACAGGAAAAUUUUACGCAGUUAGACUUGCGGACAACUCUGCUAUGGUUCUUUCUACGUCAGAACUACGACCUAUUGCCAGCGUGAGUGGCUUGCAGUUAGCAUCGCAAGCAACCAGAAAGGAUAAACCCUCAGGCUCGAAACACGUCGAAGCACCCCAAAGCCGCUUGCCCGCCAUCUUACACCCUGUGCAAUCUGAGUAUCUCCUAGCAGCGGUUUCCUCCUCACCAGCACGCUCUUUCGAUAGCCCCUCCAGCGCAUCAUCCCUUCAGACCUUCGAUCUGCUCACAGGCCAACAUGUAUUACGCCAGGCACUUGCGAGAACUAAUGUUUCUGUCAUCCAGACUGGACCUCAGGGUACGGAAUUAACCACGCCGGAUAUCAAGUAUCUUGGUAUAACAUCGGACGGAGAGUGGCUGUCAACCGUCGAUGAAUGGUUACACUAUCCCCAAGACGUGAGCGUCUUGUAUCCCACCAGCAUCACCCACGGAAAAGAGAAAAGAGAAAUUUUCCUAAAAUUCUGGCGCUGGAAUGAAAGCUCGAAGGAAUGGGAGCUUAGUACCCGCAUUGAUUCCCCGCACUUCAACACUUCACAAGGCUCCACACGAGUGUUGGACCUAACAGCCAGCCCUAUCGGCUCGGCUUUUGUUACAGUUGGAGAAGACGCCGUCGUCCGAAUUUGGUCGCCCCAUACUCGUUAUCGCAGUGGCCAGGUGGUCAAAGAUAAGCAGAAUCAAGCACUGCAAACAUGGAGACCUAUCCACAAUAUCCCACUCGAAAAUAUUGUGCAUGGAUCUGAUCCAACACCCUCCAAAACCUCAAGCCUCGCUUUUUCAGAUGACGGAUCGGUUCUUGCUGUCUGCUGGACUAACCAGAGCGGAGCCCGAAUGGUAUAUCUCAUCAACCCUCAUACGGGAGAGAUAUGUCAUACGCGGGAUAACCUUUACCAAGGCACCCCGCACGGCGUAAGCUUUUUGGAUCGGUACAUGGUCAUCCUCUCAACCCAACUGGUAGUUUGGGAUACGGUGGCUGAUACAAUCAGACUAAUAAUGGCUGUGGAAGACGACAAAACAUACUCACCCGACUCACACCCAAAAUUGCUCUCCAUAAACCGCAAAAGCCAAACAUUUGCUGUGUCAUUCGCCAGCAUCAAACGGAAAGCACCAGAUGAGCCACGGGCUGAACCACAGGCAAAACCCGUCCACCAUCUAACCGUUUUCAACAUAAAUUCCCUGGAACCAGUGUUCCAGAUGAAAUUGGAUCAUUCCUGCCGCGCCCUCCUCCCCAACCUUCGGACUGGUGAAUACAUUCUGAUCGAUGCCGCGGCGCGGAUUCAUCGGAUUGGUUCGGGCGAUUUCAAACAGGCUGUACCACGAAUCGCUGCUGACGUGUCGUCAUCUCUGAUACAGACGGACCUAGAGAAAAUUUUCGGCACGUAUGGGUCACUUGAACGGAGAAGCUUGCCCUCCGGUACAGGUGCUGUAGAGCCGCUAUCAGCAUUGCGACAGAUUGGCUUCGGCCACGGUAGGACGAAUGCGAAUGCGGGAGGCAACUUGACUGAUAUAUUUGAUGUGGGACCGUCAUUUGCCUUGCCUAGUGUUGAAGUGUUGUUUGAAGGUGUCGUUAAGCAUUUUAGUGCAAAAGCCGUUACGGCAUAG